AUGUUAAUGGCUCAUGAAUGGGAUCAAAGUUUCACAUUUUUAUCCACUUCAAGCAUAGCAGAUUGUGGUUUCAUAUCUGCAGAUAGAUAUGCAAGUCUUUCCGAUGACACAAAAGAUAAUAGACCAUAUAAAAUACCACCAGACUUUAUGGUACAAGCGGUAAUGUGUAUCUCUACUGCAAUGCUAUCUUGCCUAUCUUGCCAGCCAAGUAGCUGUCCAACAAAGCAACGUCUCCAACGAGAUCAAUCAACUACAGUCGGACAUUCCAAAGAGAGAGAAACGAUUGGCCAACCCAGAGGGUCUCCUACCAGAUGA